AAACACGUUAGCUUCUCUCUCUCUCUUUUCUUUUUUUUUUAAAAAAACGCUGAUUUUGCUCCGUGUGCCCGAGUAUAACGGCGACGUGCGUUCAAACUCGGCAAUGUGUCAAAGCAACAACAAAAAAAAAAAAAAAAAUCCUUUUGUCCGAUCUGUCAAGAAGACGCGAUCAGCUGGAGCCUGACACUGAGCAGCGUCCUCGGCUGUGUGCUAGCCAGAUAUGCUAGUUAGAUAUGCUGAGAUAAGUUUGGUGGUUACUCACACUUGUUUUACACCCUGUGCGUAUCGUGUUGCGGGAGUUAUCUGCCUUGUUUCGACAGAGUAGCGCCGCUUGUUUGGUUAGAUACGUGGCAUGCAGUUAGCUCAGGCACCACGGUUGUUUACAACAUGUCGCUAACGCCUGUUAGCUCGUUAGCAUGUUAGCGCCGUCGCGUUUUUAGUUCACCGCGGUUUGUCAUGACAUUAUGAACACAUGUGACAGCCCGUGGGUUGACAUGUUAUUGUUUUUAUGUGUGUUUUUGUAAAUGUAGUCAAGACACUCAAGCCGACAGCUUUUUUUUUUUUUUCAGGUGUCAGGGUCUGCGGUUAGCUUGUUAGCUUCGGCUUAUCUGUCACAGGAGGAGAUGCGGCGCUGCAGUCAGUCAGUCUCAGACAACAUGCAGACACGUCUCCGUCUCUGUCAUGUCUGUACCGUGACCAGCGCAUCACGUUAAUGUGCCACAGUUAUUUGCUCGACGUUAGCUUGCACGUUUAAUGUUUGCUCAUUUUCUGUGCUCGAUCUUUAACUAGCUACAUCACUAAUCCUCCCCAACACACACACACACACCCCUGAAUGCGAGCUGUCUGUCUGUCUGCUGCUCGGUCAGGUUCAUGUUUGAAGGUCUUGCACAGCCAGGACGAUUUGUAUCGCAGUCUGCUGUAAAUCUUACAUUUUUAAGUGCUAGUCUAAGAAGUUUGAUCGAGCAGUAUGGAGAGACAAAACGCCCUCCUCGGCCUGAGUUUGACAAAUGGAUGAACGCAGUCUUAUACAGUAGAAGAAUUUGAAGACAGUAUAAUGCAAAAGAAGAUGAAAAUUCCCAAGAUGUCCAUCAAGAAUUCAGGAAACUCUAUUGAGAACAAUUUUGGAGAGGAGAGAAUGCCGCUCAGGCAUAAAAAGGCCCUGUCUCAGGACCAUGGACGCCCCCUUUCCAACUCCUCCAAGAGCCUGGCAGCAGUAGUGGCUCGCCUGGAGAGAAAUGCAGCCAGCUCCUGCAUGGAAGGCGAAGAAGACCUGGAUGAGGACAGGCUAGCCGAGGAGGGAGAGGAUGCAGACGACGAAGAUGAAGAUAUGGAGGCAGAGCAUCAGCAACAUCAUCACCAGCAGCAACAACAGCAUUUGGAGGUGGACACAGAUUGUGUGUCUGGGGUAGCUGCAGCCGUGGUUCCUAGAGUCCUGUACGAGGAGCUGGUUCAUAGCUAUAGGCAACAGGAGGAGGAGAUGAGGAGGCUGCAACAGGAGCUGGAGAGGACCCGCAGGCAGCUGGUGCAGCAGGCCAAGAAGCUGAAGGAAUAUGGCAGCUUGCUGACAGAAGUCAAAGAACUGAGGGACUUCAACAGAAGGCUGCAAGACGUGCUUCUCAUGAGAUUGGGCAGCGAGCCUAUGCAUGACAAUGGCACUCAGACAAUCAAGGCUGAAGUUGUUGAACCCAUUGUUGAGGCCCAGGAGACAUGCAGAGAAGAAGCCAACACCAGUUCCAGCUACUCACCCUCACCCAGAACAGUAUACACCUGCAACGAUGGGAAGGUGCACCUCGGUGGAGGCAUCUGGGUGGAGGAGGAGAAGUGGCACCAGCUGCAGAGGACCCAGGGAGACUCCAAGUUCACAAAGAACUUGGCUGUAAUGAUCUGGGGUACAGAAACCCUCAAGAACCGCAGUGUCACUGGAGUAGCCACCAAAAAGAAGAAAGAUGCCCUGCCCAAACCUCCACUGUCACCCAGCAAACUGAAAAUUGUCAGAGAGUGUCUCUACGACAGAGUGUCUCAAGAGACAGCCGACAGCGCAGAGAUUACGCAGAGAUUGUCCAAAGUGAACAAAUACAUUUGUGAAAAGAUAAUGGACAUCAACAAGUCCAUCAAGAAUGAGGAGCGGCGAGAGUCCAAGCUGCUCAUCAGACAGACAGUCAAGAUGGAGAACUUCACCUAUGAUGGCAUGUAGUGAUCAUGUUGUCACGCCAGCGCCUUCUGACCCCCCUCCCCCUUCCCCCUGUGGUGUGCAGGAUAUUGAGGGGACUUUCUAUGGGUGGUUGGGGGAUGUUUGUCACAGUUUCAGGAGCAGUUGUUUCUCUUUGACACAUUGGAUUGGUUAUUAUGUGAAACCUUAAAAAAAAAUAGACCCCUUCCCAUCUCCCUAUAGAGCAACCACCACCUUCCUCAGUGCCCAGUCUCCUCAUUGGCUGACAGACAGCUUUACCCACCAGUCAAAAGUUGAACACGUGAAUUAGUUUGAUGCGAGCUGGUAUGAGUGUUUUUAUAAGCUUUACAGUGGAAUUGGUACAGAGAAAUGGUUUAUUGACUUGUGUGCAUUUGUGUCAAAGGGAGUGGUUUGAUGUGUUUGUUAAAUUGAUUUAUUGUUCUGUGUCAGAACAUAAUUUUGAGUCCUUAAACUUUUAAAAAGUAAGAGGUUAUUUCCCUAGAUAAAGUCUGCUGAUGCUAGAUCGCAUUAGAUGUUAGUCGUGUGAACUGUUGGCUAUUUUAGUGACUAACCAGUAACUGCUGAGUGUUUGCUGUUGGUACUUAUUGCAUAGAAUGGGACAUCAGGGUCUCAGAUGCACAAGUCUUAAUUGGUAACAGCCAUAUUAUAUUGCAUUUUGCAACAGAGAUUCUGUUGCUCCAAGAGAUUAAUUCUCCCCCUUAACUGUAGGCCAAUCAUAAAACAUCACUUUAUUAAUUAAGAGAGCUUACAGAGGUUAAAUGUGAAAUAUGACUCUGCUGUAGAGUCUGCAGAGUGCUAUUUUUGUUUUGUUUUUUUAUGUUGACCUUUUAGUUCUGAGCAAUUGCCAUCAGUGGGAGAGCACAAGGAAAGGGUUAGAUGGGAUAUCCCUGUGUUACUCUUAAUCAAACGUCACUUUCAGACAAUUUGACUGUUUAAUGAGUUCUAGUGGUACAGGCAUGUUGAUGCCUAGAAAGGCCUUAAAUGGAUUUGGCAAUCACCAGGGGCUGGUAUACCCCCGGGUUUUCUAGUAGGCUGUGAUUGUACAUGUAUAGUAAGCUGAAGUGAUGAAACUUCACCUGCACUUUGCUAUAAGAAUGUAAGAGGGGGUAAUAGGUACUAUUUUAUGUGUGAUUCACACCGUUAAGGUGAGCUGGGCCGGGCUACUUGCUACCCCCCCCAUCCUGGAUUUUAAAGAUGCUGUGCUGCACAGGACAAUGUGGAAGGUGAAACAAAAUCAGGGCACAACUCUGCACGGUUCAGGUCAUCUUCUUGUGCAAGCAGUGUUAACUGUGGGUAAAGCUGUCUGAAACACUAUUGUACUGUCAAAGUUGUCUGGGCCUGCUGAACCCCAUAAUAACCCCCUCUUUUGUAAGCCACGCUACUGGGGAACAAAGUAAGGUUGCUCCGGUGACAAUUUCCUCUGAGCUAUGCCAUCAGAACUUUGAAAAUGUUCUCUCAAUGUUCUGUUUUUUUUUUUUUGGUUUGUUUGUUUGUUUUUUUUCCUCUAGUUGUUUUGUUGUUUUGAUCCAAAAUGGUUUGUGUGGCUGUCUGCAGGCUGGAACUAAAUGCUGCAGAUUGAAAUCUCAACUGUGACCUAGCUGUGGAUAACUGUGAAUCUGCUGCAGAGCUGCCCAUCAAGCCUUUCUCCUCUUCACACUCUAGAUUCUUGUUUGUUGGUUGGUUUAUUUCUCUCUAUCACAUUUUCUUUGUCAUUUCAAAAGUUCAGAUCAGCCUUUUGUUAAGCUAUGUUAUGUUUUGGAGACAUUUUAGUGUACAUAUAAAAAGCAUCUUUUUAUUUUUUAUUUUUUUUUCCCACCAAACAUGGAUAUUUCAUUUUCUAGUCAUGUUACAUGUUAUAGUUUUAAAAGUUCUGAUCAAGUUUUGGGUUUCUCGAAUUGAUGUUGUAAUUCCACAUUACCUGACAAUUUCUUGUGUUUCUUUUUACACUUUUGUUUGUUUGUUUUUGUUUUUUUCAUAUGAAUUGUUGGCUUUAAGCUUGAUGUUGUAUCCAUAUGUAGAUUGGUGGACUCUACAGACAAAUGGAAAAAUUAUCUCCCUUUCUUAGCCAAAGUGAUCUCUGUGGAAGAGAAGCAAGGCUUCCCUUAGCGUCAGAUUUUGACAGAGCCCAUUAUACAUCAUACUACAACCAGAUACUUAACUAACCUCACUUAGAAUCUACCUUCUAAAGAUCUGCCACAGUAAGAUGAGAAUUUGUAUCGAUAAACCGUUGUACUCUAGCAAUUAAGAUGCAGUAGUUAGACCGACACAAAUCAUUGACAUUGAACGCACUUUAAACUUCGGGGCAAUUUCUUCAAUCUUACAGAAAUAUAUUUCUGGUAUUCGUCCUUUUUUUUUUUUUUUUUUAAAUGUCUUUAUAGAUUAAGGCCUAACAAUCAUUGUGUUAUCAUGAAGCACCUUAGAGCAUUUUGGUUUAUUGUUUUUAUGGCAAGAAUGAGUUAUGGGAUAUGAUUUUGUUUUGUCAGUCAGAUAUGCCCCUGAUAUGCCAAUGCUUCAAAACAAGCUUGAUAGAUUUAUUACUUCUAACUCCUAGUUGGAGGUAGCGCUAUUACUACUUUCUAAUAUUUAAAUAUUUGAAGGUGUUUGGAAAAACAGGUUUUCACAAGUUAAACUGUGUCGAAACUGGUUUCUAUAACUCCAUCAUAGCCUCCUGAACAAUAACUUACUUUGUAAAUUUACAAGCAAAAGUCAAAGACUCUUCUUGGCUUUCAAGCCCAAAACAUGUUUCACCAAUUUAAAGAUAUUUACCUAUAAAAUGUGCAAGCUGACUGGAAUAUGUGCUUUAACUUAAUGUGUGAAGAUGCUGGUUGUGUAUAGAUAUGACUUAUAUAGAGAUAAUUAUGUAUUUUUUACAAAUGAGUGGUAAGCCAAAGUAUCGAAGGCUGAGAUCAAGCUAAAGAAGGGGGAUGCUGCCUGAGGAAUCAGCUGGGUUUGCACAAAAAAAUGGCCCAUGCCAAGGUAAUACAGCUUCGUGAAUCUUAAGCCACCAAAAUGGUGACAUUGGUUUUCUUUUUUCUUUUUUUUUUGUUCCUAAAAAAGAUCCCUUUUCAGUGUCCUUUAGGUUUUUGUUUUUCCUGUACAAAGCAACAUGUAUUUGAAAAUACAUGUCAUUUAAAAGAAAGAAGAUUUCUGCUGUGCAAAGCAACCAUGCUGAAACUCUGACACAUCGUCUUGUAUCGUGUUUGUGUUUGUUUCUUUGUUGUUUGAUGCCAAAAGGGGGGUGCGGUUAAAAUAAUGCUUUAAGAUGGAGCAUUAAUAGAGCUAUUACAUCAUCUGAAAAACUUUUCAAAGGCUGAUGUUUUCAAAGGCUGGUUUCCUGGAGCACCAUUAAGCCUAAUCCUUUAACUAAAACCAUCUUUAGUGGAUGAAAGCUGUAUGGAUGUACUGUAUGUUUUUAGCCCAGAUUUGGUUUAAUCUGGGAUGGCAAGGCCAAUCUUUAUCAAACGUACCAAGUCACUUGCAGAGGAGCAGUUGAGGUUUUAACUGCAUAUUAGUAAUAUACACCAAUCUAUAACCUGAAAGAGCCAUUAAUGACUCAGUAACACAACACCAGACCUUCCAGGACUCUCACUUUCACACUCAAGUAGCGAUAGGGAGGAAAUAUAACCUCGCUGGCUUUGUGAUCCUCUUCCUGUGCCACCUCUAGUUCCUUACUCUCCUGACAUUUACAUGGACUGGAUUUAAAAAUGCAAAUGUAUCAAGAUAAUGGCAAAUUUUGUCCUCCUCGCAUGGUGUUUUGGCUUAUAUUGUGAAUACCUGUCAAAGCUUCAGAUGUGAGGGUGGCUUUAUGUUGCUUUUUGACAGUUUGAUUGAGAAAAAUAGAUCAGUUCUGGAUUCACUGAGUGGAACAAGAUAACUGGCUCCAUCCAGCAAUUUUCACAACUAAGUGUACACAAAACACAUUACUGUUGUACAAUGUCAAACUUACUUAAAAAAACAAAACAAGAGGAACACAUUGUUAGGCCUAUAUUUUUCUUAAAGUAACAGUAACUUUGUAUACAAUCCACAAACCGGUUCUACUUCAUCUAACUUCACCGUCCUACCUCAUUGUUACUCUGGUGUUUGUUUGUCAGUGACUGUAAACUAUGUGUGUAUAUUAAAAAAAAAAAAAAAAACUAUAGGAAAGGUAUACCUGGUUACUCUCAACAUGUACAGCAUAUAAAACUUGUAAAACACCUCAGUACACAAUAUCAUUCUUAGGAGAAAUCAGUUUUAAUACCUGCUUAAAGAUGCUGCUCAUAAGGGGUGUCUGCGUGAGGGGUCGUCUCUGAAUAUAUAUCUCGCUCUUUGCUAUGUUGUGCAGUUGAUCAGUGGUUGUGUUCUGUCUCUGUAUUGCAUUCUGAGAUUUUUACUGGUUGACGGUGCUACCAGCAAACAGUUCAAAAACUGAUCUGUCUAUCGGACCUCAAAUGGUGCUGUUUUUCUAUGUUUUUAUCCUCAUACAGCUAUGUUUUAUUCAGGUGUGUCAACCACCACUAUCCCCUCAGCUAAUCAAAUUGUAAGCCAAAAUAUUUCGCAAAAUGAUAACACUGCUAUUACUGUAUCAACUUGUAUGCUAUCCAUCCAAAUAUUGUAGAUAGUGAUUAUAUCCUCAGCUGUGAGUUUCAGAAGUACCUCAGAACUUGCUGAUUUUCAAUAGAUGCAUCUGCUUCUAGCACCUGUUGUCUACCAAUAUGACAUUGUUGCAGUGUAUUUUCAGAAAUAUGCAUUUUUACUGGUUAGAUCAGGUUUCACUAUAAAUACUACAUGAUUAUCAAAUCUCACUCAGAUGACCGAUAAAUUUCAAGGAUACCACUGUUCACUGGUUGCAUGCCAGAAAGGAAAUCUCAGUCGGACUGGGCAGUGUAUGUUACGGUAGAAGAGGUCCUCAGCAAAACCAUGUUCUGUAGUUUGUUUUACAGAAGCGGGAUUCCAUUGGUAGUUGUAUUUAUCAUGGGAAAUAUCAAUUUGAAGUGACUUUGGAAAUUCACAAGCUAGAGCCCCAUCUAUUAUAAUAUUGUGAUUGCAGAGUCUUCAUGGUACAUUCGUGAAAAAGACUGUUUUGGGGAGCUUCAGCCUGUCUGUUUUGGAAUGACUUUUUAUUAGUCUCCGUGUUUAUCUGUGAUUCCUCUGUUGUAUCUCUUUGCCCCUUACUGUUUACUGUUUAAUUUAAAUAAAUUCAAAUGUAAUUUACAGUGUUAAAAAUAUGAAUUUAGUGUAGCAAUUUGUUCAUGAUUGACUUACUGUGAGCUUAAGUCGUGUGCACAGCAGUAUUCAGUGUGUGAACUUGGCUGAAUUAUACAAAAAGUGCAUUAUAUUUUCUUUGACCCUGUGCAGUGACACCAAUGGAAUCUUUUCUGCGCCAAAGUGUUUUAAGUAUGUUGAGUUUUCUGGGAGUGGUUUGCUCUACUUGUCAGUAUGUAUAUAUUUGUUUUUGUUUUUGUUUUACUCUGACCAUGUCUGUGAACAUGAAAUGUGCUGGGGAACUCCUCUCUACUGUGAGCAGUGUGUGUUCAAAUACACAGCAGUCGGUUUCAUGGAAGCACUUAAGCCAUUCGUUGGACUGUUUCAUAAUGGUUCAAUUUUAAGCUUUGCUCUGGUCCAGGGAAUUGACCCAGAGUUUUGUGUGUAAUUGAAUUCCUAUGCAGGUGUGGAGUUGUAAUUACCUGGUACCACAUCACUGUUGGGUGGAGGGCCAACCAGGGAAAGAUAACUGGAGAGCGUUCAAAUCUUUGAAUGUGUCUGCGUAGCCUUGAGAUUGAGUCAAAGGGGACAAUGGCGACAUGACAAAUCCGUACAGAACUAUUGCUACAUUUUCAUGGAGUUGAAUUAAACUGAAUUAUACAGGGCUGCUUGGGUGUAUACCUGUCAGUAAUAGUUGUAACUGCAUUGCAAUGAUCAUUAGAGGAAAGACAGGGUUAUUACUGUAUGGAGUAUUGGUAUGAUAAUGUGAAAAGAAUUUCAAGACUAUUGCAGUAAAUACUCCCUCUACUCCCUACUUCAGCCUCCCAGAGGCUACCCUACAUUUACAAAAGAUGUUAUAAGUAUAUGCGAUAGAGAGUGUACAUGUCUCUGCUAAACCGGCCACACCUCUGCUAUGCGAGCAACUCUUUGACGCUUAGCAUCCUGUUCUGUGUUUUCUCUUGCUGCAUUCAGGAACACCUGUUUAAUGUAUAGACAAACAGAAAUAAAUCCAGACUUUUAUUCUAUCAGCACAAA